AUGGGCCUUGACGCCGAGACCCCUCCCAAGGAGGAUUGGCUGAAGAAGGCUGUGAAUAUGGGCUGUCAGGCCCCACUGUCAGAAGACCCUAUGUCUGCUCUGCUGGGCGAAAUGCUGAUAGUGGCACCUUACAAGGCGCCGGAGAAAAAGAAGGAUAAGAACCCCACAAAGGGGGCCAGAGAGGGCCUCCACCAACGAGUCUCUCCGGACACGAAGUCCAGGGACACCCUCGCCCCCUCCACUCAAGAGGGGGACCAGGAAGAAGAAGAAGAAGAAGAAGAGGAAAGCAACUAUUCCCGCCCCAGGAAGAGGGCAGUACCGGCGGAGGCCAAAGGGGAGCGCCCUUCUCCAGCUCCAAAGAAUAGGGACAAAGGGAAGCUGGUUCUGCUCGAUGACAGUUUGGACUCCGACAAGGAAUCUGCGGCCUCCGAGAAGGUCCCAGAGAAGGUUCCCAGGGUCAAGCCUCACACCGAAAGCCUGCUGCGCGAUCUCCCGAUGACCAGAUGUCUGAGGACACUUCCCCGCCAACUGACCUGGCAGAGAGUGGAGGCGCAUCGGGUGCCGCACCCCCUCCGGCCAUUGAUGAGCCCGGAGAAGUGCUGUCCUAGAGGACUCCGCCCGUGCCGAACACCGGGGAGGGGGGGUGGCGAUAUCACCAUGGCAGAGGUUAACACUUCGGCCGCCGAAGACAAGGAGAAGGAGCUCGAGCAAGUCAAGCCUUCUCAAACGACGGCUCCGGCACCUAUUCGGCCCCCCGAAGCAUCCCAGACGUCUCCCUCCGAAGGGGGAGCGGGGGCCCCGCCGUCAGCGCCGAACACCGGGAGCCGGGUCACGGUGGAAUGGCCGGACAUGUUGGUGGAGGAUGUGAAGAGCUCCUCCAUCGCCGCAGAAUACCGGACCCUGAUGGAUGCGGCUUCGGCGCUAGCAGCAGCAGUCAACGCCGCCAAACUGGCCGAAAUGAAUCGGAAAUUGAAGGUUUCCGAUGAGGAGCUCGACCUUGUCAACAAACGGUACGACGAGGCACGAGCUACCGCCGCGGAGGUUGAAAGCCUCAAGGCCGAACUGCUGCAAGCCAAGAAGGCAGCGGCCGAACAGGCGACUGCCGCUCUCGCUUCGGUGAAGACCGAACGCGAGAAAAAUGAGGCCAGGGUGGCCUAA